AUGAUCUCUCACCUUCAGUUUGCUGACGAUACUUUGAUUUCCAUUGAUGCAUCUGUGGAGAAAGUGCAAAGACUCUUCAUCAUCUUAGAUAUUUUUGAAACACUCACCGGUAUGAAACUCAACUUAGAGAAAAGUACUAUGAUCAGUGUGGGUGCUGACAAUAUUGUUGAUCUUUUGGCUAAAGAGUUAGGGUGUAAAACUGAGAAGCUACUUUUUAAGUACCUGGGUUUACUUAUUGGUGCACUCUCUAGAAGUAUAUCUGUUUGGGAUGUUGUGUUAGAGAGAAUGGAACUAAAGCUAUCUUCUUGGAAAAAGAAAUUCUUGAAUAAGGCUGUGGAUGGAAAGAAAAAAACGGCUUGGGUCUCCUGGAAAAAGGUGUGUGUCUCUAAAUCUAAUGGUGGCUUGGUAUUAAAAAUUUUAAGAAACACCAAUAAAACACUGCUUAUUAAGUGGGUUUGGCGAUACUCUAAAACCAAAACUGCACUUUGGAGAAGAAUCAUCCAGCAAAAGCAAAAAGUUAAUGAAGAUGUAGCUUUACCAACAGAAGAUAACUCAGCACAAGGUAGAAGCCUGUGGAGGAACGUAUCUAACCUUGUCCCGGAAAUUCAACAUCACAUUUCUUUUAAACUGAAUAAUGGAAGAGGGAUAAGAUUUUGGUAUGAUAAAUGGUGCGGUAGAGGCGUUUUGAAAGAUCGAUUUCCCGUAAUAUUCAAGGCAGUAAAAGAUAAGCAAAUGGUGGUGGCUGGUGCCGUAAAGGAGGGAAGAUGGUUCUGCAUUUUUAGGAAAUCGCAUCUAAAUGCAAAUGAGAAAUUAGAAUAG